AUGCAUACCGUCCCUUCGAUUCGUGCCCUGCACGCUCUCCGCGCCCUCACGCGCCUCACAGCCCCGGCAUCAAAAUAUACACCAGCGAUCCCCCGAGCUGCAUCGUCUUCGCUGCCGCUGCGUCCGCACCAUCGGGCGUUCUCGACGACCCCUUCCCUCUCCGUGACGCUCAACCAGCUCCGGACGCGCCUGGGCUCACGCAAACCCAAGAAACUGCGCCACGCCGUCUCCCCGGCUCUCAGCGCCGCCAAGCGGCCAGCCAUGAAGGGCGUGUGCCUCAAGGUCGGCAUCACCAAGCCCAAGAAACCCAACUCGGGCCAGCGCAAGACCGCAAAGGUCCGGCUGUCCAGCGGCAGGGUCGUCUCGGCGUACAUCCCCGGAGAGGGCCACAAUGUGCAGCAGCACAGCGUCGUGCUGUCGGUCCAAAUACGGUACCAAGAAGCCGAAGACGACAUGAUGGCGGUCUACGCUUUCUAG